AUGGCUAGUGAGGAUAGUUUUCUAGUGCUGGUACACCACAGAGGAUCGAUUAAGAGAAAAACUCGGUCCGACGUGAAGUUCACUGAUAAGGAUCCUCUAUGUAUUAUCGUGAGGUCAACCACCAGCUACGAUGCUCUCGUUAGCUCUGUGCUGGAGAAGCUUGGUCUGGAAGGAGUUAAAAGGGUUAAGAAGUUUUUCUAUCGCAUCCCAACGACGGUGCUCCAUGAUACCGUGAAGUAUGAUUAUUUCACGAUCGAGAGUGAUGAGGACUUACAGGUCAUGUUUCUUUGUCGUAGGCAGUUUCCCGAGGUAAGGACACCAGAGCUGUUAGCAAAGUUGGUUGAUGUGGUAUCUAGCUCGGGUGGUUCGAACCGGAAUGUCAAUACUAUAGCCACGGUUGCCGGCUCGAGCUCAAGACCUGCGGUUGCUUCAUCCUCCGUUCCUGUGUAUGAGCCACCGAUACAGCCUGUUGCCUCCCCAUCGUUUGCUGUUGAUAUCAGCGGCAAUGUCGGAGACGUGGUUCGAUAUGAGGAACAUCUUCGGACCGAAGUGCAGUGUCCUACACCGGCCGGUGUUGGGGAGGGAUUAUUUGAUGAUCAAGAUGACGAUGAUGUCGAGCCUGAUAUGAUCGCUGAUGACAGCGGCGAUGAUCUUGGAGCGACUGAUCCGAGAAGGGCUACAGGUGGAUCUAGUUCUGGCACACAGCAGUACCGACCCCAUUUUUCAUCAUUGGACCUGGAUGCCAUGAGGCAUGACGAAAAUCCUGGGCAGACGGCUGGAUUUGGCGCUAGAGAUACGGAAGGGUCUGUCGGUAUGACAGAGUUCGAGGUUGGGCAACAAUUUCAGGAUAAGGAUGAGGCGCUGUUGAGUGUGAAGACUUACAGCAUCCGCCGAGGGGUCCAGUACAAGGUCGUUGAGUCUGACUACCGCAGGUAUGUUGGAAAGUGUUCUGAGUUUGGGAAUGGGUGCACAUGGUUGAUUCGGUUGAGUCUCCGUCAGCGCAAGGGCAUUUGGGAAGUGAAGCGGUACAACAGACCGCAUACCUGUCUCGCCACCUCCAUCUCCAGCGACCAUAGGAGUCUGGACUACCAUGUGAUAGCGACAUUCAUUAUGCCAAUGGUUAGGGCUGAUGCAUCCAUCAACAUCAAGGUGCUUCUAAAUGCCACGGCCACACACUUUGGGUUCAGGCCUACGUACAGGAGGGUAUGGAAGGCGAAGCAGAAGGCCGUUGCAGUCAUCUAUGGGACUGGGAUGAGUCGUACAACGAGUUCCCUCGGUGGGUGUUAG